AUGGAAUAUGACCCAAAUUCCCCCCGCUCGUUCGCCGCUUCUUUCGUCUCUAACUCCCGCUUCCACCGCUCUUUGACCAUCGAGUCAACUACCUAUGGCCCCCUCAAUGUGACUUACGGCGAGUACGGCCGCGAGCCUAAUGAGAGUGGAACUACCCCAACACUUCUGUUUAUGCCGGGCAUGUUUUCAUCCCGGUACAUCGGAAUCUGUCUACACGCGAUUGCCGAGAAAUGCGGCGUACGCGUUUUGGUUGUUGAUCGUUCCGGAAUGGGGAAUUUCACCGAAGUGCCACUGGUGCAGCGAGUGUCUGCCUGGAUUGAGACCGUCCCACGGCUUUUGGCCCAUCUAGGCAUCCAGCAUGUUUCGUUGGCGUCGCAUAGUGCUGGUACCAUCUAUCUGCUUAAUACCCUGUAUUAUUGUCGGGAUAUUCUGUAUCCCGAGAAACCAGCAAUCUCCUUUCUAGCGCCAUGGGUUGACCCCGCCAAAUCAGGCAGUACAUCCAUGAAAAUGGCUCAAUACAUCCCUACCCCAGCCUUCAAGCUCUGGCAUCAUAUCCCACGCCUCUUUCUCGUCAAGGAUGGAUCUGCAACAGCGACGAGUGGAACUAUUAUUGCCAAUCUGACUGCCUCUUUCCCCUCGAGCAGCGACUAUGAACAGGCAAAGAAUCGUCUCUAUAUAUCGAAGAACUACGGGGUAGACAUAGACCAGCAGAAGGAGAUAGACUCUUCGAUGAUGCAGUGUAUGUUCGCCGAGAACACGGUUGGCUCUAAUAGCGAGGCACUGCAGUGUCUACGAAAGGAGCCUAACACGUGGGGCAAAUGUGAAGACUACGAGGUCUUUGUGCGUGAGUUGGUAGAGCGCGAAAGAGGACGAGAUGGAGCGCCGUUGAAAGUUCACGCAUUCUUUGGUGAGACUGAUAGCAUGAUCGGCAAGAAGGGCCAGGCUUAUGUUGAGAGGUGCUGGCAGAUGGGCGCUGAGGACUCGAGGGGCGCAGUUGAAUUUGAUUCGAAGGUAGUGUCUGGCACUGACCAUGAUAGCUUGGUACCGUCCGCGGAAGUGUGGGAGAGCAUUUUCAAGAAAAUGGUAGCUUAA